AUGGCAUCAAUCAAUUUCGCAGCCGCUCAAGAGCGUGUGCUUGCGAGGCGCGCUGCUAGAGAAGCAGCUGAACGCGCUCGUCUUCAAGCCCACCAGUCGCACGCAUUCCCUUCCACAAUCUCUAGGCUACCCCUCCCUAUAAGCCGAGCUUCAGGCCCACUACAGUCGCUCUGGACGAUUUUGCAAGGUCGAGAAGGCACGAGACCGGCAUACCGUGUUGGCCAAGUUGAUGCUGAAUUGCUGGAUGAAGAGCUUCUUGACCUGCUCAAAGGCCAAGCGGGGGAAGCAUUGAAGUACUUUGGGACACACCUUGCUGAUGAUUGGUCGCAAGAAUUAUUAUUGGCCUUGCGGGCCAUUCUUUUCAAGCUUUCAAUAUGGGACCACGAUGCCUCGUACGGUGCUGUGUUGCAGAAUCUGCGGUACACGGAUGCGCGUAGCAAAAGCCUCGUUCCACCCCGGCCAUCACGCUGGCAGAAGAGUUUGUAUGGAGCUCUCACAGUGCUCGGGAGAUAUGGCUGGGAGAAAUGGGAAAGCUGGCUGCUGGAUCAUGGCGCUGGCUAUUCCACUCCCUCCGACCCCAUGCAGCUUGCUGUGCGCCUGACCUCAUGGCUAUCUACAGCUCACUCUGUCGCCGCGUUCCUCUCUUUUCUUGUCUUUCUGGUCAACGGUCGCUAUCGGACUCUCACUGAUCGCCUUCUCCGACUUCGGCUCACUCCUCCUUCGACCCAAGUCAGUCGGGAGGUUUCCUUCGAGUAUCUCAAUAGACAACUUGUCUGGCAUGCAUUUACCGAGUUCUUGCUCUUUUUGCUGCCUCUGGUAGGCAUCAGUCGGUGGCGUAGAUGGCUUGGUCGCGCAUGGAGAAAGACCAAACUCGCGCUUCGUGCCUCCGGCGAUGACGUUGACGCGGAUACAGUGCUAGAGAAGAGUGGACCACUAGCACAUCUUCCUGAGAGCACCUGCGCCAUCUGCUAUCAGGACCAGAACCCCGUCAACACGUCGGAGACAGAACUCUUGGGCAUGAACGCGGGUGCUAAUGGCAUGGGAAUGACAGGUUCAGCCACUACCGAUAUCGUGAAUCCUUACCAGACUGUUCCCUGUGGAUGUGUUUACUGCUUUGUCUGCAUAGCUACAAAAUUGGAGGCUGAGGAGGGAGAAGGCUGGACCUGUUUGCGUUGCGGAGAAGUGGUCAAGAUGUGCCACGUCUGGAAUGGGGACGUCGUGAUUGUGAAAAAUACAACGUCUACAGGGAAGAAAAAGACCGUUGGCUCUGUCAGUAACGACCAAAAUGGUGAACUCGAGGACGAGCUGAACGAGAUGGAGCCCUGGCCAGAAGAGGACGGUCUCGAGAACAUGGGGGUCACUAGCAUGUGGUCAGGCACUGGUAAUGCACCUAUGACAGAUCUGAAGGACUCUCUUGCGGAUACUGGAGAAGGUUGA